AUGAAGAUGGAAGAUCAGUCUACGAGUCCCAAGGACGAGGAUAUCCUCAGCCAAACGCAAGAUCCGUUGGAGAGAAGGAGAUUGCAGAACCGCCUUUCUCAACGAAACCACCGUCGCAAGAUCAGAGAGCGCAUUGCAAAGCUUCAAGAGCGCGUCAUUGCCAACGAACUCAGAGCUGCAGCUGCUCUCAACGGAUGGGAUCAGGCAUAUAACCCUUCACUGUUCCCAAGGUCGCACUCACCUUCCUCGGAGAAUGAGCUCGUGCUCACCUCGAGAGAUGUCUCCCCUUUAAUCCCAGACCAAUGUACUUCAUUCAUGCCGUCAUAUCCCCCGUUCUCACAAUCAUGGCCAAACGACUUCAACACAUUCCCACACCACGUGUAUCCUGGAGACCUAUCCCAAUUUACUGGAGCCAGUGAAGCAAGUCCAAUAUCUCCUAUAACAAGCACUCCAGCACAACCAAACCAUAGCAUGUCACCACCCGGUUCUGGUCUCGGUGGGGAUACAUACCGGGAAAUGAUACGCAGCACGGAAACGUUGGUACCAGACUUCUUGUCUACAUCAGCGCCCAAUCAGCCGCUGUACUACGUUGCGACUGAAGAAGCAUUACCACAAAUCAUCCAGGUCAUCAACACCAUGUCUCCCCAAUACAAAGUGAUUGUUCUGGUUCCCCCGGAGUCUCCAGCAUCGGCGGCCAUGGCUUCAUUCCCUUCGCCAAGCUCUCCCUACAGUGCUGGUAAUAAUGGGUCAGAUCAUGGUCCUACAGGACAGCAGCCUAACGCGCAAAAUCUGGCCUGUCUAUGUUAUCCUCGUGAUAUCCACUCUGGACUUCCUGCACACUCUGCUUCAAGACCAUGGAUGGGCGGUGAAUCAUAUGUUCAAACGUGUCCUUUGCACCAGACGGCGAAUUCAGCUUCCCCAAGGGGAGCUUUUCCUGUUAGAAUGAUGUGA